AUGGUGGUACCAUCAAUCAAAAUGAUUAUAAUUCUAUUAGAGUCACUACAUCAGAAUAACUUACACGUUGAUGAAACCCGUGACAAUAUAAAAUCCUUAAAUGAUGAAACAAUAACGCCUAUCUUCAAGAAAGAGGAUUUAUGGUGGAUUUCAGGCAAUCACAUUCAAUUACCAAUCACAGAACACAAAGUCUAUCAAUCAACGAAAUCCAAGAAAUAUAUAAGUUAA